AUGUCAGAUACAGAUGUCCUUCUGCUCAACCUGGAAGUGGAGGCUGCUGCAGCGCGGAAUGCGGACCUCUCCAGGCAACUAGAGCGUCUGACAGAUGAGCUGGCGUGCUCCACGGUGCAUCGUGUGGAACGGGCGGAUGAUGUUUCGAGAGGGACACAGACAGAAUUUGACAUCUCACGUGAUGUUGCCCUCGACUUGGAUGACCUCUUGUUUGAGAUGGCUGAAGUGAUGUUUCGUCUCUACCCCACAACACCCCUCGACCUGUCAAAUCGCCGGGACGACAGCUCCAGGCGUGUAGAGGAGUUGUCGCAGCGAUGUCUACGCGAGAUGCGUUCACUGAAGAUAGCGUGGGAGACGAAGCUUGAAGGGUACAAUAAGUUCAUAGAGGACCUCCAGAAGGGGCUUGGCGAGUACUACCGAUCCCUAGAAGAGGUGCAGUGCCAGCUGCGCAAUAAGGAAGCGCAGUGCAAUACCCUCACCAGAGACAAUGCGGAGCUCUCAGAACACUGCGCUGAGCUUGAAGAACGGCUGAGACUUGUCCAGGAAGCUGCGGGAAACGCUGGCGAGGAUGUGACCCAAUUGAUGAGGCAGGUGACGGAUCUUGAGACCGAAAGACAGCGACUUCUUGACCGUGAGACAGUGUUGUUGAACACUGUAGCCUCUUUGAGGGCGGAGUGCGCUCUUGGUCCGUGGAAGAACACGGGAUUUGUCAAGGAGAGGACGUCCUUUGUUCAGCCAAGUAGUCAUUCACAGGUUCCAGUAAGACAUGGCGCAUCUCAGGAAAAUGACACCAGAGGUAGGACGGGGCGUGACGCCUCUGUUGGUGAUGUUAUGUUUGCAUGCCAGGGGUCCGCCGUCAACAGAGCUUUCCCCGAGUGGUGCGUCUCUCCUGAAAAAGUUAUUGAUUAUUGUUGUAGGAUGAACAACUCAACGUGA